ACUGAACCUUAGAGAGAGGUAGACGAAACGGUUCGCGAUGGAACAUAGUCAUAGGUCGGGUGCCCUAAAACAGGCCAAUAAAGGCCAUAAAUUUGGCAAACAUUCUAGUAAACGUUCGCGCGCGGAGGAGAGCAAGGGUAGACUCGCCUUGAAUAGUAAACACGACAAGAAUGGCAAGCAUGAAGCCAGCAAGCUAGACAGACGCAACCGCGCAAAGCAGAUACGUGCCCAGAAGCGUGUGGCAGUCCUCAGUGCGAAACGAUUGAUUGGAGGUAUGUCAGGUGCUUCGCAGUUGAUUGCACUUAUUCCAGUAUGCGAUGGCGCUCAGAGUUCGCAUGUGAAGGACCGGCUGCUCGGUGUGGCCAAGGAGGAGGAUGUAGACAGCGCAGAUGCGGUUGUCAGCGCUUUCGGAGCGAUGUCGACGUGUUCUUCUCGUACGUUGAAAAAUAGAUUUACAUUCAUCGACGUAGAUAGAACAAACACUUUGAGUGUUAUGGAAGCAGUUAAAAUGGCGGAUACUGUUGUGUUCGUGGCCGCAUGCGACAGCGCUCCGGACGAGGCGGGUGAGAUCGCGAUUACAUGUGCCAAGGCUAUUGGUCUUCCACCGAUGGUUAGUGUUGUACUCGGUCUAGAGCGCAUGCCUGUAAAACGCAGAGGAGAGGUAAAAAAAGCCGUGCAUAAGUAUCUGCAGUUUCACUUCCCCGCCGACGAGCGCAUACUGCCAUGUGAUACCACCACUGACGCACUGGCGUUACUGCGUGCGCUGGCUACUAAGAAACGCGACACCGUUGAUUGGCGCAGUAAGCGUGCGUAUGUUGUACCAGACAAGGUUGGGUUUGUGCACAAUGAAGAAAUGAAUGGUGGCGCAGACAAUGGGACAUUAAAAUUGACGGGCUAUAUCAGAGGCUCUAAGUUGGACGCAAAUAGAUUAGUACAUAUUCCUGGUGGUGGCGAUUUCCAAAUACAGAAAGUGGUUCGCGCGGCAAAUCCUCACACAGAAUUCGACCUUAAAAAGGACAAUAGGACAGAUGUAGAAAUGGGUGACGACGACGAAGAUAUGCUGGCUGUACCGGAUGCUUUGAAGAAGGACACAUUAGUCAGUGAACUUGAACCAGAUAUGAUGGAUCAGGAGCAGACGUUCCCUACAGAGGAGGAGGAAUUGGAGGCCGAGCGCACGUUUGAGAUGCCGAAAGUUGUGAAGCGUGUGCCUAAGGGUACCUCUGCAUAUCAAGCCGCAUGGAUUGUCGAGGAAGAGAACGACAGCGACGAGACUGAUGCCGAACUAACCGACAUGGAUGAUGACAUGGACGACGUCGAAAUGAACGAGGACUUCUACAAUCCUCAGGCGAACAAGAAGGUCCACAACAAUAACAUAAGUGUUGCGAAAAGUGCGCCUUUGACUCUGAGCAUGCUUGAGGGUCUGGCUAAUGGCGAUGCCGGUGCGGGUGUGAGCCGAGUGAAGGUGGACAGUGCGGAGGAGUUCGAGGACGUCGAGGGCGAGGAGACGCAGCAGCAGAUGUUCGAGAAGUACGACAAGGGCAUGGACUACGAGAAGGAGCAGGAGAUGUACGAAGACAUGGUACGAGAGAGGCAUCUGGCCCUCGCAGAGCAGGAGAACGAUGAUCUGGAGUUCCCAGAUGAGAUUGACACGCCCGUGGACCAGCCCGCGCAUAUUCGAUUUCAGAAGUUCCGAGGGUUGCAGAGUUUCAAGGACAGUAAGUGGGACCCGAAAGAGUCUUUGCCGCUGGACUAUUCUAGGAUAUUCCAGUUUGACGACUUCAAGCGCACACACAAGCGUGUGCGUGUAGAGGCACAGAAGAACGGCAUUGCGCCGGGGCAGUAUGUGACUGUGUACAUAUCGAACGUACCGGCUGAGUUCGGCAGGCAGCUAGCAAACCCGAGUGAGCAACACAGCAAGGUGCCCGUUGUGAUGACGAAUCUUCUGCGCCACGAGGGGAAGAUGACGGUGGUCAAUUUCACCAUCAAGCGACACUCGACCAACGAGCGAGUUGUGAAGAACAAGGCUGAUUUAGUGUAUGUUACACCUCUGCGCACCUUCACGGCGUCCACUGUGUUCAGUCAGCACACGCGCGGCGACAAGUUUAAGAUGGAACGCUUUCUGCAUGCGUCCCGCCCGAUAGUGGCCAGUGUGUAUGCACCGGUACACUUCGGUCACCUUCCCACAGUGGUGUUUGAGCGGAUUGCGGGAUCGAAUACACUCAAGCUGCUGGCCCUGGGGUCCGUAAGCAGUGUGAACGCCGACCGAGUCAACCUGAAGAAGAUUGUCUUGAGCGGAGCGCCAUACAAGAUCAACAUCAGACACGCCACCGUGCGGUAUAUGUUCUUCAAUACCCGUGAUAUUGCAUGGUUCAAGUCGGUGGAGCUGUGGACCAAGGGUGGACUCAGGGGUCAUAUCAAGGAAACGUUGGGUACACACGGACACAUGAAGUGCUCAUUCAACGGAGCUAUGCGUGCUGAGGAUACAGUCUGCAUGAGUCUGUACAAGCGUGCAUAUCCCAAGUGGAAUUACUGUGACGGCGUGCGGGAUGCGGAUGUAAUAGACGAAGAUAUUUCAAUGUAGUUUAAAUUAAAAAUUAUAUAAAAAUUGUGGA